UCUCCCACCUUUCCAAAUCUCAAUUAACAAAAAAUUCCAUCAUUCUGUUCACCAAGAAUUUUCCCUCACUUUCCAUCAAAAUCCUCUCAAUUUUCUCGCACUUAAUCAAUAUUCAAAUUCUAUUCUUCUUUUUCUCCACAUUUUCAUUUCUUUUUUUCUCAUCAGAAUUGUAAAUGAGAAACGAAAGAGGAGGAGGCGCCAUGGUAGCAGAACGCAAUGCCCUCCACCCCAACAAGCCAAAAUUCGGAGCCAUUUUGCAUUCCUCCGACCCAUCUUUACCGUCUCCGACAACUGCCAACAAACAUACCAGCAAAAACGACCAUAGCCACCAUAAUGAUUACUCAACACACCGUAGCAGUGCCUCGGCGACAAGUCCUGGAUACUACGACAAUUGUACUCAGGGCAGCAGCACCGAGGGUUCACCCUAUGUCAUGUCGCCAUGGAACCCGGCAACAGCGUCACCCUACAAUAAGUCACCGUGGAUAACACCGUCGCCAUUGAAUCCGCUGGACGAGAACUUCCCCUUAAACGGACUUAUUGGGUCAUUAAUCCGGGAAGAAGGCCACAUAUACUCGCUCGCUAUCAAAGGAGACUUGCUAUACACUGGGUCCGAUAGCAGGAACAUACGUGUCUGGAAGAACUUGAAGGAUUUUACAGGUUUCAAAUCAAAGAGCGGGUUGGUCAAAGCCAUUGUGAUUUCCGGUGAGAGGAUAUUUACCGGUCAUCAGGAUGGUAAGAUCCGAGUCUGGAAGGUUUCUCCGAAAAAUCCAAGCAAUCACAGACGGGUCGGAAGCUUGCCUACUAUGAAAGAUUUUAUUCGGAGCUCUAUGAACCCAAAAAACUAUGUGGAGGUCCGUAGACACCGCAACGUUGUUCGAAUCAGACACUUUGAUGCGGUGUCUUGCAUGAGCAUGAACGAAGAACAAGGACUUCUUUAUUCAGGGUCGUGGGAUAAGUCUUUCAAGGUUUGGAGAAUCGCGGAUUCCAAAUGCUUGGAGUCGGUCGCAGCUCAUGACGAUGCAGUAAACAGUGUCGUCGUGGGGGUUGAGUCGUUGGUGUUCACCGGGUCCGCGGACGGAACAGUGAAGGUGUGGAGGAGGGAAUUGCAAGGGAAGGGGACAACGCAUGUGUUGGUUCAGACGUUGCUGAAGCAGGAGAAUGCAGUGACUGCAUUGGUUGUGAACAAAGAGGCGGCGAUUGUCUAUUGCGGGUCCUCCGAUGGGUUGGUUAAUUAUUGGGAGCGCGAGAAGCACCUGUCCCACGGCGGGGUUUUGCGCGGUCAUAAACUGGCCGUGCUGUGCUUGUCUGCAGCGGGAAACUUUGUUUUCAGCGGAUCGGCGGACAAGAACAUUUGCGUCUGGAGGAGGGAUGCAGGUGGGCCCCACACCUGCUUGUCUGUUUUGACGGGCCACACAGGACCCGUCAAGUGCUUAACCGUGGUGGAAGAUCAUGGCUCUAAGGAUAAGACGGAUCAGCGAUGGGUGGUGUACAGUGGGAGCCUCGACCGGUCAGUAAAGGUGUGGUGCGUGUCGGAGGAUGCUCCGGACUUGAGGCAAUUCCGAGCGUUGGAGAAUGAUGCCUCCGUGAGGCAGCAAGCCCUUCAGUUUCAGUAUUGACAAAAUGGGAAAGUCUUCAGAAGAAAAUAGACUUUACCCUAAGAGAACGCUCCUUGAACAAGCGAGUAGUACACGCGCAGUCUGUUCUGGUGGUGGUCCCGACGACAACGCGCCAAAAUGUCACAACGAAUUAAGGGGAAGGGCACCGUCCAGACCAGGUGAUGGGUGGUCCGCGGAGGACCACCAGAUGUUGCUUUCGGCCUUGGAAAAAAAAGGGUUUUGCAAGUAAAUGCAGAUACUAUGAAUGUGAGAGUUUGAGAUAAUACGUAAAUAUGGUGAAUGCCAAAAAGAGCAGCACAAGGUCCCAAAGGCUGUGUACUUUUGCAUGGCCUAAUGCAGUUUUAUGAAGCACCGCAGAUGGACCGGCUAUAUAGCUUGUUGUUCUGGCAGAUCUAGCUAGGUUUUGUUGCCACAAUUUAGGGGUUUUUGUUAUAUUAUUAAUUUGGCCAGAUAUUACACUUGUUUUUAUAUAUAUAUAGAUGUGUGUGUGUGUGUGUGUGUGUGAUGCGAAAUAUAUAAGCACACAAAUUAAA